AUGAGCACUGACCAGCAGGCAGAGAGAGGAACAUGGAAACAGAAACAAGUUCUCGGACAAGGUGGAUUUGGAACUGUAGAACUUUGGUAUAAUGAGAAAGCUCAAGAGCAUAUAGCCAUAAAAAAGUGCAAGUUGAAGAAUGAUAUGCCAGAAAAGAUGUGGGAUCGUUGGAAGAUGGAAGUCUACAUAAUGAGCAAGCUGAACCAUGAAAACGUCAUCAAGGCUGUGCUAGUUCCACCUCAGCUGGAGCCAAAUUCAGGGGAGCCCCCAGUCCUGGCCAUGGAGUUUUGUGAAGGUGGAGAUCUCAGGAAGAUUCUCAAUCUGCCAGACAACUGCUAUGGUUUACCAGAAAAGGAAAUCAGACAGUUGGUGACAGGUGUAGGAAGUGCGGUGGAGUAUCUUCACAGCAAUCGCAUCAUUCACAGAGAUCUGAAGCCUGAGAACAUUGUCCUGAAACAUCUCGAUGACAACAGGACUGCGUAUAAAAUCAUAGACUUGGGAUAUGCUAAAGAACUUGACAUCACCAGCAUUUGUGAUUCUUUUGUGGGAACAGUUCAGUAUUUGGCGCCUGAAUUAUUCAUUUCCAAACCUUACUCCAAGACAGUCGACUAUUGGUCAUUUGGGUGCAUGAUAUUUGAAUGUAUCACUGGAUUUAGACCGUUCCUUCCAACAGCACCACCUGUCGAAUGGCACGCUGAAGUGUGCAAGAAAUCCCCGGAUGAUAUCAGUGUACAGUAUGAUGAGAACAAGCAGAUCAAAUUCUCCAAGAAACUUCCUUUUCCAAAUCAGCUAUGCAAACCAUUUCAGAACUAUUUUGAGCAGUGGUUGCGGUUGAUGCUGAGGUGGGACCCUAAGGCCAGAGGUGGGGGAAUUAUUCAAGUGCAAGGUGUGGAGAGAUCAAAAUGUUUCUACUUGAUUGAACAAAUGAUGUCGCUGAAGAUUUUACAGAUCCUUCAUGUGGAGGCCAACAGUAUUCUUUCAUACCCAAUCAAUGAGAGCCAUACUAUUGCCAAUUUGAAAGAAGCUAUAGAAUUUGAAACAGGAAUCCCAGCAGCACAGCAAGAGAUCAUUCUAGCUACAGGGGCCAAAAUGAGUCCUACAGAUUUGGCACUUAAUGCUUAUUGUGAACCUUUGACUGACGACCCUGUGGUUUUCCUGUACCGUAAAGGACCCAUGCAGUUACAACAAAGAAAGAAUAAAAUACUUCCUGUGGCUGUCCAGGCAAUCGUCAAGGAUCCUAACAUCUUGCUGCCUCCACGAGAUCAUCGCAAGGCCUGGGCGCAGGCUGUCUACUGGUUUACAGAACAGAACAGGGAUUACAAAAGACUCAUUCUGAGUCAUAGAGCAGCAUUGUUGAACCUGCUACUGAGUAACACUUCACUAACUAAGAAGAAAUCUUUUAUGUGCAGCGAGAUUGGCAAACUUCUGGCUUGUAAGGAACAGUUCCAGGCCAGUUUGGACUUUGACAUGCAACAGUAUCGAGAUACUUCAGUUGUUUGUGGCAAAGUUUUCAAUGGGAUCAGUGGAGAGAUGCUCCUCCAGUGGGCACAGAUGGCUCAGAAAAUAGACUCCUUUAUUGCUUUGAAUGACCGAGUGAAACAACUAGAUGCUAAAGCUACAGCAGUGACCACAGAAAUAGUUGAGAUUCAGCGAAGCCCAUUCUCCAGACUAAAACAAGCAAAUGAAUUGGAGGAAUUUGAGAAGAAAGCCAAACAACUGUAUGCAGAGCUUCUAAGGGCAACUCAAGGUGACUCGUCACAUGAAAUAAUGGAUCACGUUGGCAUGGUGGAAUUGGUCGGCAAAUGCUACUUGAAGAGAGAUGAAGUGACGAAAAUCCUGUACAAACACCUGAGUAAAGUGAUGGACUGCCAGCACCGACUGGACCCUCUGCUGCCCCAGCUGGAGAUGGCCUGCACUGAGAUUGAGGCUGCAAGAAAACAGUUGGUGUCCAUGCAGUGCAAGAGACAGGCAGAUCUGUGGGCCUUGUUGAAUCACACAGUCAAUGGGACCAGUAAUCCCGAGGAAGACACUAAUGCUCUGAACACAAUAACUCUUACAUCACCAUCACCCAGCUUUGUCCAGAACACUGCCAUGCAGGAACUACCCUCGAUGGAGUCAACUUUAGAAUCUAUCAGACUGAUGGAUGACUGCAAAACAAAUUCGCAGAGGUUGCAAGACAUGGUGACUACAAUGAUUAAAGAACAAGAAGAAAGUAUGCUCUACUUCUCAUCCUUGGACAGCACCAGAUGA